AUAGCUUGACAUUAGCGCGCGCUGACUGCUCAAACCUUCCCGCAGAACAGUGAGUAGAGACUGCACGCAGCUUUCUGCCAGCUAACAACAAAGACUGAACUUCCACAGCAGCAUCUCUCUCUCCAUUACGCGGUGAAAAGUCAACCUGCAGCCUCCAUCUUGACGGAGUGACGCCAAAUUUGUCUUCUUUCGAAACUACGCAGACCAUAAUUCCACAGCAACCAUGUUUGAGGCUCGCCUGGUCCAGGGAUCCAUCCUGAAGAAGGUUCUGGAGGCUCUGAAGGAUCUGAUCACAGAAGCCUGCUGGGAUGUCAGCUCUUCUGGUAUCUCUCUGCAGAGCAUGGACUCCUCUCACGUCUCUUUGGUGCAGCUCACCCUGAGGCAUGACGGCUUCGACUCAUACCGCUGCGACAGAAACCUCGCCAUGGGAGUCAACCUGAGCAGUAUGUCCAAAAUCCUGAAGUGUGCAGGAAAUGAAGACAUCAUCACCCUCAGAGCAGAAGACAAUGCAGACACACUCGCCCUUGUGUUUGAGACACUCAACCAGGAGAAAGUCUCAGAUUAUGAGAUGAAGUUGAUGGACUUGGAUGUGGAGCAGCUGGGUAUUCCAGAGCAGGAGUACAGCUGUGUGGUGAAGAUGCCCUCAGGGGAGUUUGCCCGUAUCUGUCGUGACCUGUCCCAGAUUGGUGACGCCGUCAUGAUCUCCUGUGCCAAGGACGGAGUCAAGUUCUCCGCCACAGGAGAGCUGGGCACAGGGAACGUCAAGCUGUCCCAAACCAGCAAUGUUGACAAAGAGGACGAGGCAGUAACUAUUGAGAUGAAUGAGCCCGUCCAGUUGAUCUUUGCCCUCAACUACCUGAACUUCUUCACCAAGGCCACCCCACUGUCCAAGACAGUAACCCUUAGCAUGUCAGCUGAUAUCCCCCUCGUGGUGGAGUACAAGAUUGCUGAUAUGGGACACGUCAAAUACUACCUGGCCCCAAAGAUUGAUGAAGAGGCUUCUUAAGAUGUUUUAUAGCUGAACCAAAGAGGGACAAUAGAGAAAGGCUGUUGACUGGGACUCUUUCUGUGUGAUCUGAAGGUGUCUCCUGGUGUUUGAUGAUCACUCUUGGGUUUCUGAUGUCCUCCUGUUUAAUGAGAUUCACAGCAGGAGGUGUCCUAUCAUCUUUCCAGUCAGCGGUAUGAGUGAAGCUGCAGUGCUUUGACUCUGAUGUUCUGAGCGUUUGGCUGAGGUCCAAACUGCUGGUGUUAAUUUCAGCACUCGUAAACCCCUUUUCUGUGUCUCUCUCUAGCUGUGCCCAUUUUGGAAAAGCAUAUUUCAAGUUUCCCAUUCCUUCUUGUAGAUAAUGCAUCUGUAAAUACUUCCCGAGGUUCGGCACUGUCAGCCAACUCAAAUGUUUUGUAUUCAUGAAAUAAUUCCAAAAUAAAUGACUCAAGUUGUUUCCAAUGUCA